UUGCACAACAAAACAUGCUACAAUCGUGCCAAAACAUGCACUGAAAAAACAUGUUCUUGAGCUACAUUUGGAUUUUUGUAGCGCAUAGGGCAGCCUGUGCUAUGUGUGUUUACAUGCAGGGGCGGACUGACCAUUUGGAAACUCAGCCACUGCCCGAGGGCCCGGAGGUCAGUAGGGGGCCCCAUGAGAUGCCCCUGGUACCUUUUUUCAUAGGCUUUUUUGAGUUUGGGCAAGGACACAGGGCCCCAUGAUCCCCUAUUGCCUGGGGGCCCCAUGAGUUGUCAGUCCG